AUGGCCAGAAUAAGGCUCCCACCAGCAUGGGAGAGUGCACCCGACAUCCUGAGGACUGAUAUGCCUCAACAAGACCGACAAGCACACCCACACUCGAGAUCGAGCCCACCACCGGGUUCCAACGAGCGUCGUCGAAACAGAAGGCUCGUGUCCAGACGUGGCACACAUCCAGAGCAACAAGAGGGCCAAUGGGUUCAUCAUGAAGUCGGACCAUCCCAGCCCAGUCCUAUCAGAACCGGCAUGCCAGACCCUCCGUACCCAGUCACACCUCCACCGCUUGAGCGACCUCAGAGAAUAUUGCCUGUACUUGGCUACAGAGCACCAACACCCGUACCACUUGUGCCGUCUCCAAUUGAAUCAGCUCCAGCUCAAAAGCCAGACAACAAGCCGUCUCGUUUGCUCCAACGUCAGAGACAAUGUGCACGCCAGCUGGACGCCUCUUUACCAAUUCUCAGCCUCUCAGCUCUGGCAUCAGGCUCGAUACUGCUGGUCUCUGCCAUCCUGUUCGUUCGAAGCGUGAUGGUCGGCACUCCGCAUGCAGUUGCUGGAAGAUCAGCGUUGAUAGUCUUCUUCGCUCUCUCGGUGGCCGCUUUCAUCAUCUCUUUUGGCUUGAUCUUGGCUGUGUUGUGUCGAAGAGCCCGAGCUACCAAGAAUGCUGUUGCUAGAGCUCAAGCAAGACAGGAGGUUGAGUUGAUGGAACCCAGAGCCCGUGCUAGCGAAGGCAGACUGCCCAUGUACAACAUAAAUAGACGCAACGCAAUCUGUGAGGUUCCAAGCGAGCCAGGAGUUGUCAUUGGUGCGCCGAAGUAUCUUCCAGUACGGGGCCGAGACAGAGGUCGCAACCAUAGAUUUGAAUCACCCAUUCGAGCUCCAUCAAGAGAUCUGUCCGAAAUACCGUUCUCGCGACCUUCAACACCGCACCCGAGACCACCAUUGUCGCCACUCUUCCCUCCUUCGGCUAGCACACCUCCACCACCCAUACCUGAACGUAACCCUGCUCGUCUGCUGGUGGGUGUCAAGAAUACCGGUGAUGAUACUAAUGCAGAUGCUUCGAGCACGACCGCACAGCCCAGUCCUGAGUCAGGCAUCUCACCAAAGACUGUUCUACCAAAACCUGAGCCACAGACCUAUCACAACGGUACCGUUUCUGGCCGCUCGACUCAGAUGUUUAAUCAGCACAUGCUUACAGCAGGCACUCGGGAAUUGCAAGCCUAUCUCGAUGCGCCUUCGAACUCCAGCUUGAACACUCUUGCAGCAUACCAACACAGAAAGAGCGAUUCGUCUUCCACGCAAGCCAUCAUGAGUAAUGACCGCAGUGUAUACAGCAAAGCCAACGACCGGAUCGAGGACGAAGAGGAGAGCUACAUCGGUGAAGCAUCAGUGCUGAGUAUGCGCAAGGUGGGCAAGGCACGCGAGUGCUACAUUCCAGCCCCGAAGAGCAACGCAUCUGCGCCCAAGUCUUNNCCGACACAAAAGCGACGACGCUCGAAUCUCAAGGUGUUUACGGACACUCCAAGACCAGACGGUAAGAGCUUUGAGGCUCGCAAGCAUCGAAGCAUGAUGGAUCCAUUGCCAAGUGCACCUCUUCUGCUGUCUGCGCAGAGAAACAAAGACAAUCAACUCGCAGUCAAAAGGCCGCAAAGCUUGAGUCCGAAAAAGCUGACAGGAUCUGUUGCCAAGCCAAAGGCAGUCGGAUUGGGUAUCUCCAUCGGUAAAGACCAGAACAAGGAGAACGUGGACCCUGGUCAGGCUGAAGUGGAAACGUGGAGCGCUCUAGGCGGUGUUUGA